UGCAGCAUCCGGGUUUUCAGGUAUAUGCGAGUCCCCUGUACAAAACUCAGCUCCGCCCCGCGUCCACGCUAAACUCACUCAGUCAUCUCAACGAGACGAGAGCCGGAGGAUUCAGACAUUCGACUACACGGACGUCCUUUACCGCUGGAGCAGCACCACCGUUCAUGCAACACGCCUGCAGAGCUCUCUUUGUUAGUGGUGAUCGAGAAGAACACAUUAGUCUCUCGAGCGAACAAUGAACGCGGGCUGAUUUCUCAGGGACUGACAAACUCUUUGAGAAUAAAUGGAGUCAAGGAUAUAGGGAACAGAAAGAGGGCUCCUGCUGGCCCCUUUUCACUAGGGCCUUGAGCGCAGCGUCGAGUGGCCAAGAGGACUGCUGGGAAAUGAAGUCCAGUCUGAAACAAUGGUGGCGAAUAGCCCUCGGCCUAAUGCUGGCCUGGGUGUUGCUGUUUCUGGCUCUCCUCUCUUACUUUAUGGAGUCACGUGUGGACGAGCCGCGAUCGGCGGCCGCUCUCUCCUACACGGACACCCGCCGCCUGACCUCGCUGCAGGGCAACCCCCGCACCAUUAUGGCCUCCCAUUUGGGUCUCUCUACCCCAUCUGGCUCCAGUAAAACUCGGCAGGGGCAAAGUCGAGAGGAAGACCCCAGCAUCGAGCCCCAGCCUAGUCCACUCAGCCAGGAGGCCUACCCCUAUCCAGACCCUCAGAGCCUGGCGGCCUGGUCUGCAUUUGGCACCCAGGAUGUGGGCUCGAGAUCGGCCGCUGUGAGUCGCAAUCGCGAGAGGCUGGAGUACAGCCAGUAUUCACAUCUGCAGGAUGAAGAUGAGGAGGAGGAAGAGGUGGUGGGAGGAGAAGAGGACGAGGAAGUGAGGAGGAGGACAAUGAAGAGGGCAUCUAUAAGGUCGGACCCAGAUGAUAACUAUGUUCCAAAAUCAAAUUCUGUAGUUCACAGCCUUUGGAGAGGAAGUUUGUCGGUGGGCAUGCUCAGUCCACGUCUCCAGAAGGCUGUGAAAGACUACCUUAAUAAUAAUAAACACGGCGUGGCCUACACGGGACACCGAAGGGUGCGACAGAGCGGCCAACAAGUGUUGUGUGAGCUGAAGAGGAGGGGGAAGGUUAGAACUUUAGAUGGGUUUGAGAUGCCUUUCUCCACCCUAGACUGGGACAAGAUCGUACCUGCCUUACCCUUGAAUGAACUCUUUGGGGGUGGCUUCAAAACCUGUGCCGUGGUCACCUCUGCUGGAGCCAUGCUCCACUCGGGGCUUGGCAAAGAGAUUGACUCCCAUGAUGCAGUUCUGCGGUUCAAUACAGCUCCCACCGACGAUUAUGAGAGAGAUGUUGGGAAUAAAACCACCAUACGCAUCAUCAACUCUCAGAUUCUGGCUAAUCCCAAGCAUCAGUUCAACACAAGCUCAUUGUAUAAGAAUGUAACACUAGUUGCCUGGGACCCUGCGCCAUACACCCUCGACUUGGACAAAUGGUACUCCAAUCCAGAUUACAACCUGUUCAAACCAUAUGAGGAGCACAGGACUCACUUUCCAGCUCAGCCUUUCUAUAUCCUCCACCCUAAAUACAUCUGGCAGUUAUGGGAUGUGAUCCAGGGAAACAAUUUGGAGGAUAUUCAGCCCAACCCGCCCUCUUCAGGGUUCAUAGGUAUCCUAAUGAUGAUGUCUUUAUGUGAAGAGGUCCACGUGUACGAAUACAUUCCUUCACUACGACAGACCGACCUGUGCCAUUAUCACGAGCGAUACUACGACGCGGCCUGCACUCUGGGUGCGUACCACCCUCUGCUGUAUGAGAAGAUGCUCAUCCAGCGCAUGAACGCAGGCUCUGAGACCGAUCUCAAAAAGAAAGGCAAAGCCACGCUCCUCGGUUUCAAGAAGAUCCACUGUGAGCCCUGAGCGCAGAGGCACAAAGACUUUGUAAAGCAUAGGACAUCUGCAGACUGCCGCAGGACUGCGCAGAGACUUGCCAGCGGUCCAGACCGUGUUUGUAUAGACUAGAGAUGGUGUUCUGCGGACCAAAACCACCUUAUGUAGAGCACUUACAAUUGCUUUCCUGAGCCUAUGCUUGAAUAAAGAUGGUUAAAAUAGCAAUAGAGGUGUAAUGAGAAGCUUUUUAUAGAUCUUUGGAUGUGAUUUUUGUGGUUUUAAAAGCCAUCAGAAAACAGUUUGGGGGAUUUGUUUAUUUUGAAUUAAAGGUAUUAGCAGUCGUGCACACUGAAAUCGACACGAGAGCACUAUGACAUGGGCACCUACUCACUUUGUUAAUGCCUUUUGGAAAUUUCAAGCUGUUUGCCAUACGUUUGUGUAUUUUUUGGAAACUUGAUCUCUUUUACUGCUGUAAUAGACAUUGUCCCACAUUGACAAGCCUUUAAAACAAAUUGUUUGCGCUUCCAGAACUUCUCGCUGAACUGUGGUAGAGGAACGGAGUAGUAGAGUAAUGGUUUUCUUUUUACUCUGCUUAAACGUUCCUCCAUUUUUAAUAACGAAAGCAGAUUUUGCUCACGUUGUAUAGUCCUCUUAUAGAACAAGAUGUUAAAAACUUUAAAAAAAAAGUUCAUUCUCAAUUGUAAUUCUUGUCAUUUUAUACUUUGAAGAACCUGGUGGUUUACAGUAAAUAUUUUUUCGUAGAAUAAUGCUGAAUAAGGAUUGGUUGUUUCUUGUUAAUGAGGGACUUUAAAACUGCUGCUUGGCAAUAUAACAAGUACAGCUGUGGUAUUUGUUUAAUGUAAACCGAGGUAGCCUCGUCUUUUUUAAUGUCCUGUAACCACUAAAAUUGGUUUCUCAGCUCCCGCGGGAGUUUUCUUUAAAGCGAAUGACUGGCAACGCAUCCCUGCGUUGUCUUCUAUGUACAGCCGUUUUUCAAUCGUUUCACUUUGUGUUUUUUCGCGGAUGUUGAAAUUAACGGUACAUGUACUUGUGUGCAUUGUUUCAAUGUGUGCCAUUGAAAAGCGUUCACGAGCUGAUUGUCAUUUCCUGUAGAUCUAGUGAGUCGAGCUCUAGUUUGACUGCUCGUGUGUAUUGUAGAAGUAAAACAGUAUUCGGUUCUUUCACUCAGGAGCUUAUGAUACUCUCGACCAGGGUGAAAUAUUUCAUCGUCCUUGUAGACCUAUGAUAACCUGAGUUGUGUAAAGCUAAUAUUUCAACUUCACUCUAGCAAGUUUCCCCAUGUUGGGGGAUUUAAGACAUGUAGGCAUUUUUUUUACUGUGGGAUGCUUAACAUGUUAGGUUGAAUUUAAUGUAAUGGGCUUGAAGCAACUAUUAUUAGGCUACAUAAUUCUGAACCUACUGUGUGUCUUCUAAAGAUGACUCGCUGGUUGCUCAGUCUGGCCUGUCUGUGGGUUUUAGACCUUCAUUUAUACGUUAUGACUCCAAUCAGAGUCUGUGAGGUUCAGAUAAUUGUCUUUGGCCUUGUUGCCACUUUAUUGACUGGCUUUUUAUUGAGGGUACUGGAGAGCAGAAGGAAAAUUAUUUGAAAAAGAGAGAGCAAUGAGAAUGGGGGAAAAAAACAGACACGAUCCAGACUCGAACCCGUGUCCCCUGUGUUAUCACUGGAGCUCAGUGUGCUGAGGGCAGGGCUAGGUUUUUCAACCUGUGUCGGCCAAACUUUUGUGUGUUUACUUGCCCUUUUGACAGACUUAAACUCGGCUUUCUCUUUUUUGAUUGUUAGUAGAGUCCUUCUGUGAAUGUCUUUUCAUGAGCCUUUAUCAAAAGGUAUUUUAGCAGCAACCUGUCUGAUCUCUAACAGACAGAAUAUCAUUUUGGAGUAUUCUUUCAAGUGUUUACUGUAAAAUUGAACUUUUGUUUCAUUUCAAAUGUCAUGGGGGGAUAUACUUUGUGGCUUGGGCUAGGGGGAUCUUGAGGGCAGCACGAAAUGUACAUCAUAGUGCACAGAGCAUGUGAUGUAAAGCAGGGCUUGUUAGUAUUUAUGGUAACUAUAUUACCACUCCAGUCGUGGAGGAUUGAACCUUUAUUUGUAAUGGGAAAUUGAGUUCUCUUUAAAUGUGUUAUGCUUAUGGGAAUAAAAAGGAAUUGCAGGUAAUUUUGCUGGUGAACUUCGAUACCGUGUCAUAAAUGCACAGUAGAUUCCUGAGAACUGUGCCAAAUGUGUAUCUGUGGUGCUGUGCAUCUGUGCCAACGUUCUUUCUCUGUACUGUACAUUUCAGCACAUUUUCUUUCGUAUAUCUGCAUUUCUUUUUCUUUCCCUACAUUUCCUUUUUUAUGCUUUCUGUAGUUCUGAUUCACACAACCUUUUCAUGUUUUUUUCUGCUUUGUCAUGUCUGUGAGAAUUUGUGUGCGAGUUGCUCUUUAGACUGUAAAUAUCUACGAUUUUCAAUAACAAACCAUUUCACAUUUAAAAGCUAUUGGAUGUUUUAUCAUGUUUAUUUCUCCAUGUGUUAAUAUGCAUUUAUCACUGAAUUAAUUUUUAAACUGCUAAAUGUAUUUAAGUGUAUUCUUUUCACCACUGUUUCUAAAAUAAAACCUUGACCGUUGACUUGUAAGUUUGUAAUCGGGUCAAAUUUCUUCUCUCUUUCAAGUGUUUCAACAAAUGAAUUUGCAUGAUGUUAGAACUUUAUCUACCUUUCUUUCAUUAUCAGCUUAACUACUGUGCCGUAUGAAGGCGAGUCUGCAUCAAUGGAACAGUAGUUUAAGAGACUGUAGUUUCAUACUUUUUUAUUUAAAUGGAUGCAAUUGCAGUUGUAUUCUU